AUGGAGGUCAGGGUGUGGACCGUUUGCGCGAUUUUUGCCUCGGUGCUGGGAUGUACGGGGGCUCAGAGUCAGAGCAACUACACCAGGCCCGUCUUCAAAUGCGGGGGGCAUCUGGAUGUCGAUUCAGGUAUUGUGGCCAGCGAGGGCUUUCCAAGUCCUUACAAACCCAACAGUAAAUGUACCUGGUACAUCACUGUACCUGAAGGCCACGUAGUCAUGCUGUCCUUCCGCCUAUUCGACAUGGAGGCCGAGCCCACCUGUCGCUACGACUACUUGGACGUCUACAACGGCCACACGCGCUUGGUACAGAAGCUGGGCCGGUUCUGCGGGACUUUCCGGCCCGGAGCUCUCAUCUCCACCUCCAACACCAUGAUGCUGGAUAUGGUGUCGGACGAUGCCACCGGAGGGAGAGGCUUUCUGGCCUACUUUCGGGCGGGGAAGCCACAUGUGGAAGAGAACCAAUUCUGCGGCGGGCGGUUAACCAAAUCCCAGGGUUCUGUUCAGACCCCCAACUGGCCCAACUCCAACUACCCAGCAGGCAUCAGCUGCUCCUGGUACAUCUCGGUCGAGCCGGGCAACGUGAUCGAGGUGAAGUUUGCGAAGCUGGACCUGGAACCAGACACUUACUGUCGGUAUGACUACGUGGCUCUCUUCAACGGAGGGGAGAGAGACGACUCCAGGAGAAUCGGGAAGUUCUGUGGUGACAGGGUACCUGGGACAAUCGUGACCAAUGGUAAUCAGCUCCUUGUCCAGUUCGUCUCUGACCUCAGCGUGACCUCAGAUGGCUUCAUGGCCCACUACAACAGCAUAGCCCGCGGCUCCCGGACUCCCACCGCCGGGGGUGACUUCAUCCAUCGAUCGGAGACGCCAUCCACGACACGGAAACCGACCGUGAAGCCGAAUCCACCCAAAACGACUCCUAAAACUAUUAAGACGACCCCCAAACCCAAGCUGAGCGUCACGCCUAAAGCCACUCCGAAACCGGCCCGAAAACCAGUCGUGAAGAUCCCGAUGAAACCUCCGCCACGCAAACCGACAAGUAAGCCCAAAACGGCUAAACCCACUCGCAGAGCCCCAGUGAAGAAACCAACACCCAAACCCCGAACCAAACCUUCUUCCAAACCCAAAGUCAUCAAAGUCAUCAAACCGACACGCAAGCCCGUCCCUAAGCCCAAAUCUACUCCCAAACCUGCCAUCAAACCAGCAAAACCUACUCCUAAAACUACACCGAAAGUCAAACCUACACCCAAACCUAAAGUGACGCCCAAACCUGGAGUGAGCAAGGUGGUCCCGAAAAAGCCGGCGGUGAACAAGAAACCUUUGCCUCUCAACCCAUUGUGCACUCAAGCCUGCAAGAGAACAGGAACUCUGCAGUCCAGUUUCUGCCCCAGUGACUUCGUGUUGACAGGGAAGGUCACAGAUGUCAUCCCAGGUCCGAGAGGUUCUGCCACCGUGGAAGUAUCCGUCAUUAAGGCUUACAAGGCAGGAAAACUCAACAUCACCAAAGCCGGACCGACCACGAUUGUCAAACUGAUCUCGACCUGCAAAAGAUGCCCAGGGUUGAUCAAAGGCCAGAACUAUGUGCUCAUGGGGAAAGUGGACCCACAGGGAAAAGGUCUUUUGAACCCAUCUAGUUUCACCCUCUCGUAUAAACCAGUGCAUGCCAAAGCCCUUGCUGCACUGUCGGGUAAAGCAUGCUGA